AUGUAUCGUGAACAUCACCCCGGUUCCCUCGCCCUCCCCACUACAACAUGGAGUCCCAGCGAAGAACCAACCAACAAAUCCGAGCAUGAAGGCAACCAAAGAAGCCGCCAAGCAAGCACAUGCUCCGAACGCAGCUGCGAAAGCAUGACCCUCGACGAAACAAGAGAAUUAUGGAGAUAUAUGGCUGUUGAUGCUGGUGAAGAUGGUAUCGACCUGAUGCCAGCAAACCGCUUUAUCAUCGAUACUCUAAACGAGUCCGUUAUUGAUCUCCCCGAUGAAGGUCGCGAAUUACUUAACCGCUACUUAUGCCCUUCAUCGCCGUCCAAGCAAAAGUGGAAGUUCUGGAAGAAGGAAUAA